ACAUAUUUCCGCAAAGUGGACCUCCAGACCACACAGAUGCAUUUAGCCGAGGACGUCAUCUUCGUGGCGCCCAAGCACAUCCAUGAGGAUGUCUUGGACUACUACUCCAAGAUCAUGCAGUUCCGUGGCAUCCAGAACCCGCCGGGACGUUUUCAGGUGGUGGUCCCGGAGAACAUGGGCUUGAAGGACAAGUUCUCCUUGACCCAGGCCUUGUUGUGCUCCCCCAAGGCCCUGAAGCGGAUCGCCCGGCUGGUGAGCAAUCGCUUGGCCAUGCUGAUCCCCGAGGCCGUCACCCACGCAGAAGCCAAGCUGAGCAACACCUUGAGGCUCCCCUUGAUCGGCCCCAGCGCGCGGAACAUGUCGCUCCUGAGCUCCAAGUCCAACGGCAAGAAACUGGCGCAGCUAGCGCAGCUGCCCGUGGGCCCCUGGGCGGUGGACAUCUAUGACGAGGAUGAGUUCUAUAACUCCCUGGCAGGCCUCGUGGUGAAGCAUCCAGAGGUGAGGACGUGGCUUCUGAAGAUCGAUGAUGAGCGAAACUCCCGGGGCACCGCCUACCUGGACCUGCAGAAGAUCCCUCAGGUGCAGAACGCGGCCUCCGCGCCAGCAUUGCUGGGAGGCGCCAGCCGUGAGCAGCUCCACGGCACCGAGGUCUCGGUGCUGGGCGCCGACGCCAUGGAGGUCCGUUCCAUGCUUCAACACCUGGUGCCGAAGAGAGUUGUGCUGUGCAACCGACAGGUCUACAGCGACUUCAGCCAUUGGCUGGCGGAGGCCUGCCGCAUCGGCUGUGUGAUCCAGGCUGUGCCGGAGAACAUGAUCUCCCAGACGAGUGUGCACUUCCAAGUGGCGCCCGACGGGGCGGUCGAGGUCUUGGGCACCUCCGAGGCGGUGACUUGUACGCCCUUCGUGCGCGCAGCCUCGUGGUAUCCGCACACGAGGGGAAGCUACCAGGUGCUCCAUGAGAUUGGCCUCCGCUUGGGCCGCAGCUUAGGCGCCAAGGGCCUCGUGGGCUUUGCCUCGGCGGACGUGGUCUUUUUCGAUAAUCCUUGCUUCGAUGCGUCGGAGCUGGUCCAGGACGAGGACGGGCACCGCGACACGCCGGCGAUCAUCGGGAGCGACAGCCCGGUGAAUCCGGAGGAGCUGAUGUUCGGAGAGCUGAGGUCGCCCUCCCCCGACAUGAGCAUCGCCGCUGGAGAGCUGCCAGCUCCUCGUGAGCUUCCAGAGAGUCGACAAGCGGACUACGAAGCCGCGCUUUGCGAGCAGGAGUAUCACCUUGAUCCCAAGCCAGUCGACCCAGUGAGUCUCAUGCUUGGUGUGCAGCCACAGGUGGGCGCUUCGAGUGCUAGCCCUUUCGCCUGCUGGGUGGUGGAUUUAGAUGUCCGCCUCACAGAUGAGGCGGCGAUGCUCUUCCCCUUGAAGUUCAUCGCACAGGUGAAGGCAGAGCCCUCGCAGGGCUUGAUGCAUCUCAACAACGAGGCAGCUCAAACCCGGGAGUUGGACUGUCUCCAUGACCUCACCGAGGAGGAGCGCUUCAGUCGGUUGCAGCGUUGGGCAAUGAUUACCCAUGUGGCGAUGGCCCCUCAGCUGGAGCGGAUGAGCCACCAGACGCUGUUCCAGGCCGCCAAGAUGCGGGGCGUCUCCUUCGAUUUGUUCUUCAACGUGGGCUGCAUCUUCACGUUUCUGGAUGUGGUGCAUCAGUUGUUCUCCCUCAUGGCCGUGGAGAAGACUCCGGAGGCUUGUGCUAGGAAGAUGUCCAUGGCAUUAGCCGCCAUUGCUGAAGGACCCCGGAUGCCGUCGGUGCGAGACAGGUGGUCAAGCCGAAGGUGGGCGCCAGCGAGGGCACCGACCUCCUCACGCUGAGCGAUGUGCAGAUGGCCUUGAGGGUCUGCCUGCGACGCUUCAGCGAUCAAAAGCAAGGACCUCCAUGAGUCAACGAAAACAGCCAUGCCAUGGUUUCUUAGCUCCACACGAGGAGGACGACAAGAAGUGCC